AUGGUAUGGGGCCCGGGAAAGACAGAGUUUUGUACCAGAAAUCCGGACCUUCGUCAGCACGCAAAUGUCGGUUCUCUCGAGUUCAAGGGACUAGAAGAGAAAGAAGCUCUACGUCUUCUGCUACACUGUGCUCAAAUCCCACAUCCGUGGAGCGAAUCCACCAUCGACCUCGGGAAUCGAAUAUCAAAAGCUCUCGGCUACCUUGCGUCGGCAUUGGUCCUAGCUGGAAGGUCGAUAUACAGACAAAACUGUGGAUUGAAAGACUAUCUCGACCACUAUCAGCAUCGUCGAACCGCCUAUCAGUUGUUUCACAGCACAGAUCGCCCGACAGAAUCUGACUUGGAGAGAAACAAUGAGAUCGCAUAUCCCACAUUUGACCAUUCUCUGAAAUACCUAGAGAACGAUAACUCUGUUGCGAGUAAAGACGCCAUGGAAAUUCUCAACAUUGUUGCUUUCUAUCGGAUAAGCAUGGAUAUUUUCACGCGAGCUGUGAAGAACAACAUGAAGCCCUCCGACAGUGAGACGACACUGUCACCUGGCGCAAAGAUUAUUCAACUUAUCCAUAAUCGAUUGCGACAUCCACCCAUUUUACCAAGCUUUUGA